GAACACAAGUGAUGAGGUUUCCGAUUUGUAAGCUUUAUUUCCUUUCACUGCUAUUGUUAGUAUGAUUUUAAUCAUACAGGAUUUGAAGAGUAGUAAACCACUCAAAUCGCGGUGGUGGUCUCUGGAAGUGGUGGAUGAGUGUUCCUUUAAAGGCGGUGCACUCUGCAGUGUCGUCAUUGCGCAGAGCAGUUUUGAACCAAAAAGCGGAGUGACCUUCCUUCGCUCUCAGUCUUGAGAGGGGCAGCACUCAAGCGAGAAGCCGGCCACAGUACACGCAGCCCCGCUUCAGCCUCAGAAAUGAACAACAAUUUAGUCGGCGAUGAAAUCGGAAAAUUAUUUGUUGGUGGGCUGGACUGGAGCACAACACAAGAAACCCUGAGAAACUACUUUUCACAAUAUGGGGAAGUGGUAGAUUGUGUUAUAAUGAAGGACAAAACAACUAAUCAGUCGCGAGGCUUUGGUUUUGUCAAAUUCAAAGACCCCAAUUGUGUACGGACAGUGCUGGAGACAAAGCCACAUAAUUUAGAUGGCAGAAAUAUUGACCCGAAGCCAUGCACUCCUCGAGGAAUGCAACCUGAAAAAUCGCGAACUAAGGAAGGAUGGAAGGGCAGCAAAGCCGAUAGCAAUAAAUCAAAGAAGAUAUUUGUAGGUGGAAUCCCCCAUAACUGUGGCGAGCCUGAACUCAGGGACUAUUUCAAUAGGUUCGGAGUGGUCACAGAGGUGGUAAUGAUCUAUGAUGCAGAGAAGCAGAGGCCCCGAGGUUUUGGAUUUAUUACUUUCGAGGCUGAACAAUCAGUGGACCAGGCUGUCAACAUGCAUUUUCACGACAUCAUGGGCAAAAAAGUUGAAGUUAAAAAGGCAGAACCCCGCGAUAAUAAAGCUCCUGGCCAGCUAGCCCCAGGCCAAUGGGCUCCCCGGAGCAUUUUGAGUACAGCUAAUGGUUGGCCAGCACCGCCUGUCCAGGGUUGGCAACAGCCGUAUGGGCCACAAGGCAUUUGGGUUUCCACUACUGGCCAGCCUAUAGGUGCUUAUGGACCUACGUUAACAGCAGGCCGGGGAACCCCCGCCCACCCACCUUCACCUUUUAGUGCAUUCCUAGUCACCACCCCAGCAGGCAGCUUUGCUACACCUCAGGCCUACACUUCGCAGGGCUUCAGCACAGCGCCUCAAUUUGGUUACAGUUUUGGCACGCCUCAAGCAGAACAGUAUGUUCAGCCAGUUCCUCCACCACCUACUACUCCAGGAACGGCAACAUUGGGUUUUGCCCCCACUACUACGCCAACUCAGGACUUGAGCAAAACUUCCUCUGGGCAGCCGGACUUUCCGUAUAGCCAGUAUGGCUACGCUCAGGACCUGACUGCAUUCAGCCACACCUUUGCAGACCCUAAUCAGACAACAGCCUCGUAUGGCUCAGCACAGCCCGCUACUGCGCCACAGUCCAUCGCCAGUGCAUUUGGAAGAGGGCAGAAUCACAACGUACAAGGCUUCCAUCCGUAUCGACGUUGACUGUCAUUUUGGGAGAGGAAUGUUAUGUAAAGUUCUCAACAAAAAUAAUUUUUGGGGGAAAUUAGUCAGGGAAAUGUGUGCUCUAAGGAUUGGUUUGAAUGCACAUUGUGAAAUGGAAACCUCCAUGAAAGUAGGUCUUCCAGUUUGGUCAAAAGAGUUGUAAAAAUAUUUUUCUUUACCUAAUUUGAGGAAAAUUCUCGAGAAAGAUGCUUUUUUGUCCAAUACUUCUGACAGUGUUUUAUAGUAGAACUGAAACGACUUUGCAAUAAUUUUGAUUGUCUCAUCAAACACUAGCACAUAGAAUAUAUGGAUAUAAAUAUGUAUAUUUAUGGUUGACACAAAUGAAAACAGGGUUUCUCAUUUCUCCAGCUUUAAAUUCUGGAGAAAGUGUUUUUAUUUGGUCAGUAUUGUUUACUUGGAGCCUUUCAAGUUUAUUUGAAAUUGAGAUUAUAGAUAUAUAUUAUACACAAACUGUGCAAUUUUUUAAAAAGGAAUUUUGUACUAAAAUGUACACUUUGCUGUUUUUUUUUUCUUUUUAAUUAUUUAAAGAUGUAGACUUCCCUCAGGUGGCUGUUGUGGGUGCGUUUUGCACUUAUGCAAAAAGGACAAAUUAAAAAUAAGUUAUAAGGAUGUGUUGUGUCCACCUAAUUUCUUUGAUGAUGAAAGAACGGCUGUUAUUGAUCAAAUUCAAUUUUUGAUACGUUAGUCUUUGAAAGACAAUUCCAAUAAAAUAUUGCAGAACAUGGUUUUUAAAAAAUUCAAGUCAUGAAGUGCAAAUGUUCAUAUGGUUAUGAUUGUUUUCACAGAAGAAAAUAACCCAUGUUACCAUUCUUGUCCUUAAAAACCUAAUUAAAGACUGUACCAUUGGUUGCACUUUUUACAGGCUUAGGUCCCGUCAAGUAGCCACUCAUGUUGUU